GUCAGUUCAAAAAACAGAAACGUUUGAGGAGGUUGAUAUCAAAGAGGAGAUGACAGACGACCAGCAAGUUAGCACUACUUCAACCUGGUUAUCAUCAGUAUGCACUUGUAAAUUUGAGAAGGAUGCCGAAAAUAACAAUCUGAAGGCUAAACUUGAAGGAGGACCGGCUGAUCAGGAUGAAUUUAAUUCAGAACACCUAAAAAACCAAGUUGCAAACGGUAAGUACGUUGUAAAAAUGGAAGAUGUCAAUAUUUUCUGUGGUGCCCUGACUAAUACUGAACCUUUGGACUGCAAAGAAUUUCAGUGUGAUAAUUGCAAUCUUCCGCUCACUCCAUCGAACACAAGGCCUGUUACAGGAAAGUCCUCUUCUGUUCCUGUACAUACCGAGCCUGAUCGUGGCAAUGUGUGUGACACUAUUGGAGAAGCCAGUACUCCGUCCGUUAAAAAGUCUGCCAAGCUUGCUAACAAACGGCAGAAAUGUGAAAUGUGUGACUACAUGACUAAUACUACUGCAAUGUUGAAAAGACACAAACGGACACACACUGGAGAGAAACCAUAUUCAUGCGGUUUGUGUGAUUUUAAAUCGAAGAGAUCGAGUGAUCUUGCUAGACACAAACGGACACACACUGGAGAGAGACCUUAUUCUUGCAGUUUGUGUGAUUACAAAUCAAGUACAUCGAGCGAUCUUGCAACUCACAAACGGACACACACAGGAGAAAAACCAUAUUCAUGCAGUUUGUGUGAUUUUAAAUCGAAUCAAUCGAGCCAUCUUGCAACUCACAAACUGUCACACACCGGAGAGAAACCUCACCACUGUACUGUCUGCGACUAUAAAACGAGGACAGCUGGAAAUUUGAAAAAGCAUAUGUUGACACAUAAUAGGCAGUAUAGCUGUGAAUAUUGUGACUGUAAUCCUAGGUCAAAGGACGCUUUGUUAAAACAUAUAAGAUCGAGGCAUAUUCUACCUCACCUAAACAAAGGUCAUAAUCAUUAAUACAAUUAAAUCCAAAGAAAUGUCUGGAAUGGGCCAUAUAUGAUAGAACUUUGUUGGUUAAUUUAUUGAUAGGAAUUAUUAUUAAAAGCAUGUAACUGAUAGAUUUAAGAUAGAGUUGUUGAUCGAACACUUUUCGAAUAGUCGACUAUUCGUUAUAUGAGUAAUAAUAUUUAAAAGUAGGACUUCUUUAUUUCAUCAAAUUAGGUGGUAUGGUUGUCUUACUUAUGAUGAUAUUUUCGUAUUAUACCGAUACCGUGAGAUUUAGUAGAAUAUGAUAAUUUAGAUACAUUCAGAUUUAAAUUGAUAUUUUUGGCAUUAAUUGCAAAAUUUACAUUAAGAUUUGAUUGAACUGGAUUUAUAAAAUAAAUUAUCGUAUAAAUAAAACAGUAUUAAAUCAGUAAUGGCUACCAGAGCUCGAACUAAUCCAGUUUAUCAAUUUUUAAUUAGUAUAUUUUUCUAUUCCAUAUCGGCAAACUUUUGGUCGGCUAGAAUAUUAUGAGCGCUAUAACGACUACGUUCUUACCCAUAGUUUUCGUUGUUAAAAGUUUAUUACGGAUCAGUGUAGACGAGUAAACUUGAUUUCCCGUUAAUUGCUAAAUAAAAUUUGUUUGCGAUUGAAUGUUCACUAUUUUUGAUGAUUGAGUUGUUACAGAUUGUAAUACUAUAGUUUUAUUGUUUCAAUGUGCAUUGUGCAUAAUACAUUAUUUCAUCAAGUGUCGUUCAGGCAUCACAACAGUAAUUAAUAGUAAUACUAAUAGCUUCACAUUCCUUUCGAGCUGCAAAAAUAUUUGUUAUUGUGCUUGCUAAAAACGUAAACAACAUUCAUUUGAAACUUUCAAUCAGCAAUGUCAGUUCAAAAAACAGAAAAGUUUGAGGAGGUUGAUAUCAAAGAGGAGAUGACAGACGACCAGCAAGUUAGCACUAUUUCAACCUGGUUAUCAUCAGUAUGCACUUGUAAAUGUGGGAAGGAUGCCGAAAAUAACAAUCUGAAGGCUGAACUUGAAGGAGUACCGGCUGAUCAGGAUGAAUUUAAUUCAGAACACCUAAAAAACCAAGUUGCAAACGGUAACGUUGUAAAAAUGGAAGAUGUCAAUAUUUUCUGUGGUGCCCUGACUAAUGCUGAACCUUUGGACUGCAAAGAAUUUCAGUGUGAUAAUUGCAAUCUUCCGCUCACUCCAUCGAACACAAGGCCUGUUACAGGAAAGUCCUCUUCUGUUCCUGUACAUACCGAGCCUGAUCGUGGCAAUGUGUGUGACACUAUUGGAGAAGCCACUCCGUCCGCUAAAAAGUCUGCCAAGCUUGCUAACAAACGGCAGAAAUGUGAAAUGUGUGACUACAUGACUAAUACUACUGCAAUGUUGAAAAGACACAAACGGACACACACUGGAGAGAAACCAUAUUCAUGCAGUUUGUGUGAUUUUGAAUCAAAGAGAUCGAGCCAUCUUGCUAGACACAAACGGACACACACAGGAGAAAAACCAUAUGCAUGCAGUUUGUGUGAUUUUAAAUCGAGUCAAUCGAGCAAUCUUGCUACUCACAAACGGACACAUACUGGAGAAAAACCAUAUUCAUGCAGUUUGUGUGAUUUUAAAUCAAAGAGAUCGAGCCAUCUUGCUACUCACAAACGGACACAUACUGGAGAAAAACCAUAUUCAUGCAGUUUGUGUGAUUUUAAAUCGAAUCAAUCGAGCAAUCUUGCUAGACACAAACUGUCACACACCGGAGAGAGACCUCACCACUGUACUGUCUGCGACUUUUCCAGGGGAAGCUUUAACCUUCUUGCCGUUCACUUUGAAUUCAUGGCUGCCUUUGACAAGUUCGCAGCAUUUGCAUCUUGGCAUAUGGCAUUUGCUGGUUGGACCAUGUUUAGCUCCUAA